AUGGCGUCCAGCGAAGACCCCUACCUGAUUCUGCCGGGCUCGUCCGCCCACUCCGACUUCCGUCUCAAGCGGCUGGCGCAGGAGAUUGGCGCAACCGAAGUGCGCUCUGUCUGGGUGCACUUUGUCAACCCUCUGCGUGAACUGAGCAGCACCGAGCUCAGCACGCUCCAGCAGAUCCUACACUAUGGCGAGUACCCAGACACGCACGACCGCCUGUCACAAGUGCUCCUUGAUGCUAUCCACCGUGGUGGUGAGCCUAGGGACGACAAGACAGCGCUCUUCUACAUUUGCCCUCGCGCAGGCACAAUCUCGCCAUGGAGCUCGUUGGCAUCCAUGAUCGCCCGUACGUGCACGCUCGAGAACGCUGUCAAGCGUAUUGAGCGUGGCAUGGUCAUUGCUGCCUCCUUCGAUCACCAGCUCGAGGCCGACGAAAUCCCCAACCGCGAUCGCUUGUAUGACCGCAUGACCCAGACCAUCGACCGCAAAGCCCCGAACCUAGAGGCCAUCUUUGGUGAGAGUGAGCCUGCACAAGCCACCACCAUCAGCUUCGAUGAGUACAAUAGUGCCCAGGCAGCUCUCGAGCAUGCCAAUCGCGAACUUGGACUAGCCAUGGACAAGUCAGAAAUCGAAUACCUGGUUGAGGCAUACACUCAAGAACUAAAGAGAGGACCUGUCGAUGUCGAGCUGUUCAUGUUUGCCCAGGUCAACUCUGAGCACUGCAGACAUAAGCAGUUCAAUGCUGAUUUCACUGUCGAUGGCAUACACAAGUCUUACUCGCUGUUUGGUAUGAUUCGCAAUACCCAUCAGAAGCACCCAGAGCACGUUGUCAGUGCCUACAGUGACAAUGCGGCGGUGCUGAACGGUGAAGAGGCGAGCUUUUGGGCGCCCAACAACUUGACUGGCGAAUGGAAUGGCAUCAAGGAGACAGUACACAUUCUUUGCAAGGUCGAGACACACAACCACCCCACAGCUGUUUCGCCCUUCCCCGGUGCUGCGACUGGAUCCGGAGGCGAGAUCAGAGACGAGGGCGCUGUUGGCCGUGGUUCAAAGCCCAAGGCCGGUCUUGCUGGCUUCACGGUCUCAGACUUGCUAAUUGAAGGGUUCGAACGACCAUGGGAGCUGCGCGAUGUGGGCAAGCCGGCACACAUUGCUAGCAGCCAGGACAUCAUGCUCGAAGCACCUCUUGGCAGCGCGCAGUUCAACAACGAGUUCGGCCGCCCCUGCACAAUCGGUUACUUUAGGACUAUGUUGAUGAAGGUUUUCACCAACGAGAAAGAGUCGGAAAUUCGAGGAUAUCACAAGCCCAUCAUGCUGGCAGGUGGAGUAGGUACAGUCAGGCCUCAGCAUGCCCUGAAAGACCCAGAUAUUGUGCCUGCUGGCUCCCACUUGCUUGUCAUUGGUGGCCCUGCUAUGCUUAUUGGUCUUGGUGGUGGUGCUGCAUCCAGUGUGCAAUCUGGUGAAGGCAAGGUUGAACUUGACUUCGCCAGCGUACAGCGAGGCAACCCUGAAGUCCAGAGGCGAGCACAAGAAGUCAUCGACACUUGUCGGUCGAUGGGUGACAAGAACCCUAUUCUGUUCAUUCACGAUGUUGGUGCUGGAGGUCUCUCGAAUGCGCUCCCGGAACUUGUUCACGACUCUGGACUUGGAGCCGUUUUUGAACUGCGCGAAGUGGACAACACAGACAAGGGGAUGAGCCCACUGCAGAUCUGGUGCUGCGAGGCCCAGGAACGUUACGUUCUGGCCGUUGGCCCUGAUGAGCUCGACCUGUUCAAGCGCAUCUGCCACCGUGAACGCUGCGGUUACUCCGUCGUUGGUGUUGCCACUGACGAGCAGCGACUUGUCCUCAAGGACAGAGAUUCGAAGGAGAACCCCACACCCAUUGAUCUGCCAAUGUCCACCCUUUUCGGAAAGCCGCCAAAGAUGUCCCGUAUUGUCGAGUCAAGGAAGCUGAGGCUGCCUCCCUUCGACAGCAGCCUGUCAAUGUACAUUCCCGAUGUACCCAAGGACGGCUUGGUAGCAGAAGCUGUGGACCGCGUGCUCACGCUUCCGUCUGUCGGCUCCAAGAACUUCCUAAUUACCAUUGGUGACCGAACUGUUGGUGGGUUGACGGUCCGUGAUCAGAUGGUCGGCAAGUGGCAGGUUCCGGUUUCAGAUGUGUCAGUCACAGCUACAUCCCUCAUGUCUGGCGUCAAGACUGGUGAGGCCAUGGCAAUGGGCGAGAAGCCCACUCUGGCUCUCAUCUCAGCCGCAGCAUCAGCGAGAAUGGCUGUUGCUGAGUCUCUCAUGAACAUUGCAGCUGCAAGCCUCUUUGAUAGGCUUUCAAGGGUCAGACUGUCCGCCAACUGGAUGUCGGCCAGUAGCCACCCUGGUGAGGGUGCAGCCUUGUACGAAGCUGUCGAGGCUAUCGGGAUGGAUCUUUGCCCACGUCUCGGCAUAUCGAUCCCUGUUGGUAAGGACUCGAUGAGCAUGAAGAUGAAGUGGUCAGACAACGGCGACGCGAAGGAAGUCACAGCACCUAUGUCGCUGAUCAUCACCGCUUUCGCUCCCGUGAAUCGCAUUGACCGAACAUGGACACCUGCUCUGGAGCGUCUCGAAGAUGUGGGCGAAACCGUCUUGAUGUAUGUCGACCUUGCAGCCGGCAGGAAGGCACUUGGCGGGUCAGCUUUGGCCCAAACAUUCGGACAGGUCGGAGACGAGGCCCCUGAUGUCCACGAUGCCGAUAUCAUCAAGGACUACUUCGAUGCAGUCGAGCAGCUGCACGAGUCUGGCAUUGUUCUCGCUUACCACGAUCGAUCCGAUGGCGGUCUCUUUACUACCCUUGUCGAGAUGAUGUUCGCGGGCCGAUGUGGACUGGAGGUCAUGCUGGACGGUGUAGCACGAUCGAGCGAGCCAAAGGAUGUCCUCGAAGCCUUGUUCAACGAAGAGCUCGGAGCCGUCUUCCAGGUCAGGAAGAAGGACGAGGUCGCCUUCAACCGCUGCUUCGCUACUUGUGGCCCUCCUCCAGGCAUGAUCAAGAAGAUUGGUCGCGUUCCCGAGGCUUCCAAGCAGGGCUUGUCUAUUGCCGUCGGUUCCCAGACCGUCUACCGAAACUCUCGCUCGAAGCUUCAACAGAGGUGGGCCGAGACUUCGUACCGCAUGCAGCGCCUUCGUGACAACCCUGAGUGCGCGGACAAGGAGUUUGCAAGCAUCGUUGACGACCAGGACCCUGGUCUUUCAUACAACCUUACUUUCAAGCCGCAGGAGAACAUUCUCCCACUGAAGGCUAGCAUAUCCUCGGCUUUCACCUCGAAGCCACGUGUGGCUAUCCUUAGAGAAGAAGGUGUCAACGGUCAGAGCGAGAUGGCUUUCGCUUUCCACAUGGCUGGCUUCUCGGCUAUCGACGUCCACAUGACUGACAUCAUCUCCGAACGAGUAUCGCUCGCUGGCUUUGUUGGUGUUGCAGCUUGCGGUGGCUUCUCGUAUGGUGACGUUCUCGGUGCCGGCCAAGGUUGGGCGAAGUCCGUCUUGCUGCACCCUAACACUCGUAAGGAGUUCCAGACAUUCUUCGAGCGCCCAGACACAUUCACUCUUGGUGUUUGCAACGGAUGUCAGUUCUUGUCCAAGCUGAAGGAACUCAUUCCUGGUGCGGAUGCUUGGCCUACUUUUGAGCGCAACAUCUCUGAGCAGUAUGAGGCGCGUGUUUGCAUGGUUGAAGUCAUGGACCCUAAGGGCCCUAACAACCAGCCUUCAGUAUUCCUCCACGGCAUGCACGGUUCCAAGCUGCCUAUUGUGACGGCCCACGGCGAGGGUCGUGCGCACUUCCCUGCAUCUUCAACAUCUUCCUCGACGCCUCAGACCCUGUACAACGAGAACUUGGUGUCGCUACGAUAUGUCGACAACUACGGCAAGCAGACAGAGGCCUACCCCCACAACCCCAACGGCUCGCCAAUGGGCAUCACUGGUGUGCGAUCAACCAGUGGACGGGUACUUGCGCUUAUGCCUCACCCUGAGCGCACAAUCCUCAAGGAGGUUGGAAGCUACAUCCCCAAGGACAAGGCUGAAGACUGGGGCGAGCUUGGUCCCUGGAGCCGCAUGUUCAAGAGCGCGAGAAGGUGGGUUGGGUAA